CUUUCAUCAUCGAUGAUUGAACAAGAAUUCUUAAAUUAUUCAUGGGUCUAUGAUGGUUUGCAAUGACAUUUCGCGUGUGACAGAUUAUCGGACGUUCAAUUGCCUUGAUGAUCUCAUCGUGCGUAUUAAGAUUCUUUUGAGUCGGUCGAUAGUAAAGUAAGCACGACAAUUGUACUGCAUACUGUUAAAGUACUCCGUUAAAGUACGCGUAAAAAAAAAUCAUUCUGACGCGAUUAGGUGCAUCUGAUAGGGAGAUAGCACGGCCUGUCAUUAUCUCAACUUAACUACGCUAAAUGGUGAAGAUGACACCGCUAGAUGAGGGGAGAAUUAGACAAGGGUUAUCCAAGUAUCAAAAUCCAGAUAUAACAAGGAAACAUGUAAUAAGUGUUUUAAAUCUCUACAAGGGUUUAGUAUACAAGAUUGAGCCUUUUGUUUUCAACGAUGGCUCACGCAAAGAGCUACUCAAUUUGCAAGGAACUAUACCUGUUGUUUAUAAAGGCUCUUGUUACAAUAUUCCAAUUUGCAUAUGGUUGAUGGAUACUCAUCCUAACAAUGCACCUAUGUGCUAUGUUAAACCAACGGUAGAUAUGCAUAUCAAAGUCAGUAUGUUUGUAGAUCACAAUGGUAAAAUCUAUUUACCGUAUCUUCAUGACUGGGUGCCUCACAAUUCAGAUUUGCUUGCUCUAAUUCAAGUUAUGAUUGUUACUUUUGGAGAACAGCCUCCAGUUUAUGCCAAGACAAGAUCAGAAAUGCAACAGAGUUCAACACCAUACCCUGUCCAAUCAUUCAUGCCAGUACCUGGUAGUGGAAGCAUGUCAAGUUCUGGUUUUCCUCCAUAUCCACCAACUUCUCAAUACUCUGGUGGCAGUAACGUAUAUCCACCAUAUCCACCUGCAGCAUCUGGGGGAUUCCCAUAUCCAACUUCUUAUGGUUCUUAUGCUGGAACUACUCCCAGUUAUCCAACACAAGGUUAUAGUGGUUCUUAUCCAUCGUAUCCACCAGCCACGCAACCGUCACCAACAGUGCAACCAAAUUCUGGCGGGUCUGGUACAAUCACGGAAGAGCAUAUAAGGGCCUCCUUGCUAUCUGCUGUAGAGGAUAAGCUUCGACGCCGACUGAAGGAGCAGUUUUCACAGUUGCAAGCCGAGCUUGAGACGCUGCGACGAACGCAACAAGAAUUAACGAGCGGUUCGUCUCACUUGGCAGAUCUUUUUGACAAACUUAAGAAAGAAAAACAGGAGCUCGAAAAGAAUGUGAAUAUUUUGCAAGAUAAAGAGGCAGAAUUAGAAAAAGAGAUCGCCAAGCUAUCUGAUAAUCAAUCGAUAGAUGUUGAUGAAGCUGUUACUACCAUAGCACCGUUGUAUAAACAGAUGCUAAAUGCUUUUGCUGAAGAAGCAGCUACAGAAGACGCUAUUUAUUAUCUCGCAGAGGGACUGCGAUCUGGCAUCUUAGAUCUAGAUGCGUUCUUGAAACAAGUUCGACAACUGUCGCGUAGACAAUUUAUGUUGAGAGCGCUAAUGCAAAGAUGUCGACAGAAAGCCGGUCUGGCUGGUUAAAAAUAAAAUAUUUCGCGUGCAUUUUGUUCUAAAGCUGCAAUAUUCCAUUUUGUUGUAAAAUAUGUACUAUGCAGUAAAAAUGGAACGUAUAUAAUUUAUAUCUAUACUGAAGAGCACAGAGGAUUAUUUUAUUGACAAUAAAUGUCAUCUUUUCCUUAUAGUGUGAUAAAAGGAAAACUGUGUUUUACAUAAAAAAAAGAAAUCUUUAAUGAAAUGUAUAGGUUUAAUGCAGAUAUAAUAAUUAUAGCAUGUUUAAAUGGGAAUAGAUGAUAAUCCUUUCCACAUAAAACUAUGUAUGUUAUCAUUACAAUAUUAUUGCAUGAUUAGACUAAUCACGCUGUAGUCUGUGUUCACAGAAAAUGAGUGCCAGCUUUUACUUUUUCAAGGUGCAACAAAACUCGUGUACCUGUAUAACAAACUUCAUGCCUUCAUUGUGAUAAAGAUUCAAUAAACUUAUGCACGACAUAAAGAACAUUCAGAGUUGUAUACUUGAUUGUAGUAAUAAUAAAAUGUUAUAAGAAUCUUGGAA